AUGGGAGCUGAGGUUAGUCCUCCGACCAAGCUAUCAGCUGUAGGAGUUGAGACGCAAGAGUUGUCCACGGAGGUGGACCUCUUGCCCGGCGAGCGCUACAUCGCUUCCAACCGCUUUAUGGUUCGGGAAGGUUCCGAUGCGGCCUUCGAGCAACGCUGGGCUCAGCGGAAGUCCUCGCUCUUGACCCUUCCGGGUUUUCGAUGGUUCUCUUUGAUGCGAAGGGUUCCAACGGAUGAUCCUACGCCUUACCCUGAUGACUACAGCUACAUCUCCUUCACUAUUUGGGAGACCAAGAAAGACUUCAACUUCUGGAGGAAAGGCCCAGCGUUCAAAGAGGCUCAUGGUGGAGGAGGUAUUCUGGACUUCCUUGGCAUGAUCAUGAGCUCCUUCUUGACGAGCAAGGGACCACCCAAGCCCUUCUUCUGGGAAGGUGUGCUGCCCAUCACCUCCAACGAGAGCCGAGAACGGCUCUUGUCGGGGCCAGGUAGCCGCCCUGAAGCCGACGGCGAAAAGGUCCUUGAGCCUGAGGUCUUUGUGGCGACUACCCGCUUCCAAGUCUUUCAUGAACGGGAACAAGACUUUGAGAAGUUUUGGUCCGAACAUGGGGCAUCCCUGGAGGGCCAGGGAGGCUUUCGCUUCUCUCAGCUCCUAAGACGAGACCAAGCGCCAGACGAUGAUUGCAACUACAUGGGUGUCACAGUGUGGGACGACCGAGAGUCCUUUGAAAAAGCCAAAGUAGAAGCCAGCCCGCCAGGUGAUGCAUUGAUGCGACCCGCAUUGAAGAUGUGGUACGAAGGCAAACUGGUGCUGGAAAGUGAAUCGGGCCCUUGA